GGGUCCAACGUGUAGUUUAGGUGGAUGUACAUGAUACAGACAAAAUAACGUACACUUUUGUUUUGAAACGUAUUAUGAUGAACUACAGAAAGUAGAUAGCUAGUAUGCAUUAAAUAUAGGCAAGUGACAAGUAUACUGAGACAUCUAGCUAGCUAACUUGCUAAAAACGAAUGGUCCCUCCGUUACUGAACUAGCUAACAGCACCAUCAUCAUGGAAGGAGGACCGAAAACCAAUGUAUGAGUUGAAGGUCAGAAGUAAUCAAUCACAUCAACUGACCAGCUACAACCAUGUACUCCAGUCCAGAUGUCUGCCUUAAAUCUGGCAGUCACAACAGUAGCAGUAACAGCAACAGCAUCACUGAACUCUUGGGCUCCCUGUGUGACAGCAGCCUCACUGGGGUGUCAUGGAAACGUCGUGCUCUAGGAGGGGUGUCUCGAGAGGGGGUCCGCCGCACUCUCAGAAAGCGUGCCUACGGGGCCCUGCUGUCCAAACUGUUCCAGGAGGGCUCCCCGAAAGGGUUCUUGUCAGUACCUAGUGCCACGUCCACCACCCCGCCCAGAAACAAGCUACUUAUGAUAUCCUUUGACCUGCGAGUGGCGGGGUGCCAGGACGAGGCCGAGAGGCUGGAGGAGCAGCUGGGGAGGCUAAGUGAGGGACCCGCCUCGGGUCUGAAGGAGCUGGACUCUGUGCUGGAGCUCUUGGUGCAGCUGACUGGCUCUGCACCCCCACCCCCAGCCUCAUUCAGCAGGGACUACAUGCGCAGGGAGAGGCCCGUGUUGAGGAGGCCUCCACUGGGGGGCUACCAGAGCGAGGAGCUGCAGAGGUUGGAGGCCCGAGCCUGGGCCCUGAUGUGUGGGGAGGAGUGGGGAUCCCUGAAGGGUCUGUGUGGGACUCUGGGUCUGAUGGAUGCUCCUCCGGGCACAGGCCUGCUGGCACUGAGGAGGAGGUCCGACGUAGAGGAGAGGUUUGAGAAGGAGACCAGGAUGUCUCUGUUUGGAGCCCUGCAACACUCCCGUACCUCAGACCUGGACAUCAGGCUCAAUCUGCCUCCUGUUCCCAGCAAUGCUGAUGUCACUGGGCUAGCCAUACGGGUGCCACCUUGUUUGGACCAGUUAGAAGAUGAGGGCUUCCAGUCAGCCUCCAACCUAACCCCAGACUCCCAGUCAGAGCCCAGUCCCAGCCCAGAACUUGAUGUCUGGGACGCCCUGAGGACUUUUGAGCCUGGGAGACGCCGCUGCUGGGAGUCUGUUGGCUGCCCACCAGGGAAGAGGGAAUUCCCCUACCUGACGGAGGGAGGCAGGGAGGCUUUUGAUCAGCUCUACAGGCUGUGGGAGGGGGAGAUGAGGGUGGUAUGCUCUGCCUCCCCCUCGCCCCUCCUGCCCCUGCCUCUGGACUGUCAGACCCAGCUGGUCAGUGACCUACUUAAUGUAUUGAUCGGGGUGGCGUCUACUACCUUCCCCCUCAACCAGGUGUGUGUAAAUUUUGACGUUCGACCCGGAGUGUGUGUGUCUGGAGCGUCACCGGAGAGUGUGUCUAGUUUGCUUGGCGAGCUGGCUCAGUAUGGCACCCAUUACCUGAGGCUCAGUCGCUUCGUUCUGCAGAGUGCCCAAAAGAGAGGCCUGGUCUUCCAGGCGUUUACAGGUGGGCUGCGUAAGUACCUGCAUUACUACCGGGCCUGUGUCCUCAGCACCCCUCCCACCCUUAGCCUGCUCACCAUCGGCUUCCUGUUCCGCAAGGUGGGCCGGCAGCUCAGGUAUUUGUCAGAGUUGUGCUGUGUGGAUGGGGCAUCUGGUGUGGGCCAGGCUACCUUCCCUGUGGGUGUGACGCUGCUCUCCUACCUGUACAACGAGGCCCAGAGCAACUGCAGCAAUGAGAACUACCCCGUGCUGCUGUCCCUACUGAAGAGCAGCUGUGAGCCUUACACACGGUUUGUGUCAGACUGGGUGUACAGUGGAGUGUUCCGGGAUGUGUACGGAGAGUUCAUGAUCCAGGUCAACGAAGACUACCUCAGCUUCAGAGACAAGCACUUCUGGGCGCAGGGCUACACACUGAUCUCCCGUGAUGUGGAGGACUGCGUGCCUGUCUUCCUCCGACACAUAGCCAACGACGUGUACGUCUGUGGGAAGACCAUCAACCUGCUCAAGAUCUGCUGUCCCCAGCAUUACAUCUGCUGGUCGGAGCUGCCCGUGCCUCGCAUCGCUGUCACGUUCUCCCUGCAGGAGGUAGAGGAGAUAGAGAGGGACUGUGCCGUGUACCGAGGACGCAUGGAGAGGAUCGCCAAGCACAGCGCCACCAGCAGGGAGGAACAGGCCCUGCGCACAGAGCAGGCACGCCAGGAACUGAUCAAUCAGGUCAGGCAGUCGGCCGCCAAGACCCUGGAGAGCAUCCGCGGGCGCCAGGUGUCGCAGCGUCUGGCUGAAGAGGCAAAGAAGAGGGAACGCUUUGAAGAGCUGAGACAGCACUUGGAGCAGGAACAAGAGUGGCACAGUUUAGCCAGGAGGAAGGAGCAGGAGGAUGAAUUCAGCUUUGCCAGGGAGCUGAGAGACCGAGAGAAGCGACUACAGGCCCUGGAGGAGCAGCUGGAGAUCCGAGCCAGGAAGGAACUGAUUGCCCAGUACAGCCACCUAUCAGAGGAGGCGGCCAAGAGGGAGUGGCGGGCCAUGUGGAGGGUUCAGCGAAUGAGACUGGACGAUUCCCGGGCCCAGUUCCUACAGCAAGACCAACAGGAGACUGAGGCUAUUCUGGAGAAGUAUCCUGUCGGAGGGCAGAGACCCCCUCUGGAAAUACUACAGCCAGCUCCAGCUCAGACCACUCAACCAUUAACACAGGAGUCCCUAUCCCCGGAGCCCUGUGAGGAGCCAACCCAGGCCCCCCUUCACCACCAAUCCACUCCCCCAGCACUCCCCACCACGAAACUCGACCUCGCCCUUGUCACAGAGCACAUCGACGCCAAUGACUUCCUGCCCAAGCCGGCCGACAGCCUGCAAGUGGACCAGGCCCUACAGGAAAUUGGGUCGGACCUCCCGGAGGCUCUUGCGCCUCAUAAACCCGUAGACUAUGACUUUAGUGCCCCCUACAGUCCCCUUGAGGGAGUGACGGCCCCGGCCCUGGCUAGACCUCGCUGGGGUCCUGUGGUACAGCCAGACGUGGCUCAUCCUCACAUCCCAACCGGUCCCCCUGAGUCCACUCUAGGUAUGGGGUGUGUGGUGUCCGGGACUUUAGCUUUCCCGUCUCCGCUACCCGGAAGUACCUACGGCCAUUCUUCAGACUCCACUAUGGGUGUAGGGUGUGUUGUGUCAGGAGCUGAGGUCCUCCCCAGGCCCAGUCCUCACGGCCAGGCCUCCCAAUCUAGCAUCCCCCUGGGCCAGUACUUCUCUGAUGUGCCCCUGGCUCUCCACACAGCCAAUGUCCACGGACACCCCUCCCAGACCACAGUCCAGCUGGUGGAUGGAAGUGAGUCAAAGCAGAUGGACAGCAGGCAGGAGAAUACGGAAGACCCACCACCUCCAGGGGGCACCGUAAAAGAGGCUGAAGGGACUGUAGAGGCAUCAUGCCUGGUGGAGAUGAAGCCAGCUGAGAUGGAGAAACUAGAUUGUGUUGGAGCAGAGGAACAGAUGGCUGGUUCUCUCAGGGAGGCUUCUGCCUCCUCCACCCCAGAGCAGGGCCAUGACAGUGGGUAUCACCCAGGACAGGCCUCCCCUUCCCUCUCUGGACCCUCCAGUGUGUACGAGCUUCCUACUGCCAACAUUCAAGGCCAUGCCUCAGAUGCUCAUAUUAAAGUCGGAGAGCACGUUUCAGAUGUGGAAGCCCCUCUCCCUUCUCAAAACGUUCAUGGUCACUCAUCUGAUGCUAACAUAAAGGUAGGAGAGUUUGUUUCGGAGGUGACUGCUCCUCUUCCGACCGCCAACGUUCAUGGUCACUCAUCUGAUGCUAACAUAAAGGUAGGAGAGUUUGUUUCGGAGGUGACUGCUCCUCUUCCGACCGCCAACGUUCAUGGUCACUCAUCUGAUGCUAACAUAAAGGUAGGAGAGUUUGUUUCGGAGGUGACUGCUCCUCUUCCGACUGCCAACGUUCACGGUCACGCAUCUGACGCUCAUAUUAAAGUUGGAGACCAUGUUUCAGAAGUGGUCGCCUCCCUUUUCACCCAGAACAUUCACGGUCAUGCCUCGGACUCUCACAUCAAGGUCGGGGAGCACAUGUCAGAAGAGGUCGCCUCCAUUCACACCCAAAACAUCCACGGUCACUCAUCCGACACUCACUUCAAGGCGGGUGAGUUUGUGUUGGACGCAGAGCCCUCCCGACCACGCUGGAGCAAGCAUGGUCACGCCUCAGACUGCACACUUCAAGUAGGCUGUGUGAUGUCUGGCACAGAACCAGUACUCUCCCCUUUACCUGGUAGCACCUACGGCCAUUCCUCUGUGUCCACACUAGGUAUAGGGUGUGUUGUCUCUGGGGUUGAAGUCCUUCAUGCUCCUCUACCUGGAAGUGACUUUGGACACGCCUCAGACUCAACCCUGGGUGGAGGGUGUGUGGUGUCAGGAACGGUAACCCUUCCUUCUCCGAUACCCGGAAGUGACUACGGCCAUUCGUCAGAUUCAGCGAUGGGCGGAGGGUGCGUGAUAUCUGGGAUUGAACCCGUUCGCCCUCCUCUUCCCGGCAGCAACUUCGGACAGUCCUCAGACUCCACACUGGGCACAGGGUGUGUGGUGUCGGGUGUAAGCCCUCUGCCCUCCCCCAUCCCUGGCAGUAUCUACGGCCACAGCUCAGACUCUGCCCUGGGAGGGGGCUGUAAGGUGUCCGGUGUAAACCCUCUGCCCUCCCCCAUCCCUGGCAGUAUCUACGGCCACAGCUCAGACUCUGCCCUGGGAGGGGGCUGUAAGGUGAAGGAGACUGGUAAUGAAUACGACGCCAGGACCCUGGAGCAGCAGGAGCAGCAGCGGCUGGCCGAGGGCAUCUCGUCCUGGGCAGCGGGCUUGGCUCUGUCCCCAGGCGAGAGCUCAGAGAGGGAGUACCUCCGCUCCCUGGCUGCUCAGUACCAGGUGGAGCAGUACGAGGACUGCUACGGUCUCAUGACAUUGGCCCCAGAGUGUCACCCCCUGCAUCAGGUGACGCGGGGCCCCUGGGGCCUCCCGGUGGACCCAUCGCUCCGCAGGGCCACAGACACCACGGUGGUGCAGCUUAGUGGGAUGGUCUCCCUGCCCGUCCUCAUGAAGCACUCUGUCACCACCCCACUGAUCACACAUGUAUCCUUGGUGAACAAGGCGGUGGUGGACUACUACUUCGUAGAGCUUGGAGUGGAAAGGCAUUUUGAGGCCCUCAGGCACUUCUUGCUCAUGGAGGACGGGGAGUUCGCCCAGUCUCUCAGUGACCUGAUCUUUGAAAAGAUGGGCAGUGGUCAGACUCCUGGAGAGCUGUUGACUCCUCUGGUCCUGAACUCCAUCCUGAGUAAGGCUCUUCAGUACAGUCUUCAUGGAGACAGUUCUCUGGCCCCUAACUUCACCUUCGCCCUGCGCUUCCUCCCGGAGACCUUCCAUCCUCACGCCCCCGACGCACUCAACUGCCUGGAGCUACGGUACAAGGUGGACUGGCCGUUGAACAUCAUAAUCACAGACAGCUGUAUGAACAAGUACAACCGUCUGUUCUCCUUCCUGCUGCAGCUCAAACACAUGGUGUGGAGCCUCAGAGACGUCUGGUUUCACCUCAAGAGGACUGCGCUGGUGAAAGGGGCGGGCCGCUCGGUCCAGUUCCGCCAGCUGCAGCUGUACAGACACGAGAUGCAACACUUUGUGAAGGUGAUCCAGGGUUACAUCGCUAACCAGAUCCUGCAGGUGUCCUGGUUAGAGUUCACCACCAAGCUGGCCAGUGCCUCGGACCUGGACGCCAUACACCGCACACACGCCGACUACCUCAACAGAGCUAUCUUCAGGGGUCUGCUGACAGAGAAGGCAGCUCCAGUCAUGAACAUCAUCCACAGUAUCUUCAGCCUGAUCCUGAAGUUCCGGGCCCAGCUGAUCGCACAGCCCUGGGACAGCCAGCAGGGGGAGGCAGUGCACCCCAGCUUCAUCGCCAUGCAGCAGUCAUACAACACUUUCAAAUACUACUCCCACUUCCUCUUCAAAGUGGUGACCAAGCUGGUGAACCGAGGAUAUCAGCCUCACCUGGAGGACUUCCUGCUCCGCAUCAACUUCAACAACUACUACAAAGACUCCUGAACGUACGUGUGUAGAACACUGUGUGCCUGUGUUGUAGAUAAUCAGAGUAGCCUCUAAACUAAUGAUUUGUUGAAUAUUAUGUAUAUUUGUGGCAUGAAUAAUAUACCGUAUUAAAGAAACUAUAUGCGUUGUAUUUACAUUUUAAAUGUACCUUGACGACCUGUUUUGACAGCUUCAAUGUGCCGGACCAUACAGUAUUAUGCCUCCUGUCCACAAUGGUGUCUAUCAAAGUCAGUGAUAACAACCUUAUAUAACAUGCUGAAUGUAACAACGCUAGCUAAAGCUCAGGUGCCUCUCCUCUGCCCACCCCAUUCCUAAGCCCUGUGUGUCAAUUAAAGAAAUGCUUCAUUUUGUGAUGUAAAAACAAAACACUUAAAGGAGUAAUAAAAUGUCACUUGUAUUUAUUAAAAGA